AUGAUAACCGUACUGAGAAAGCAGUUACAAAAACUCUGCAAGCUAACAGUUGUGUCUGUGCCUGUGCCUGUGCCUAUGCCAGAGUUGAUCCUCACAUGCAAGGCUACCAUCAAACCUCCUGCAGGGCCAACCAGCAUAAAACCAGAGUCCCCUACUACAGCACGCCCCCUCGACUUUGAUGAUGAACCACAAGAGACUGGUGUUGCCUCAGCCCCUCCCUCCGCAACAGCACAACCAGAUGCGACGGAAACUGCGCCGCCAAAGCCGCCGCGUCCAUUGAGCCCUCAGCAGCAAGCAGAAAAUACGCUUAAAGAGGCGUUUCCAACGGUUGAAGUGUCUGUGGUUAAAGCCGUGUUGGUGGCAAGUAACUGGGAUGUUGAACGGGCGUUCCAUGCUCUUCUGGGCAUGACCGACCCUAAUGCUGAAGAAGCGGCAGCUCCUCCGAAGCCCCCUCGCCCAACUGCAGCCCAGAGACAGCUGGAAGCAGAUGAACUCUAUGCCCGUCAGCUUGCUGAACACUACAAUCGUCGUUCACCACCGCAAUCUCGCUGGGAGGGUGGCCCUCCAUACGAGCGCUCGAGGAGGGAUAGUGAGCAGUCGGAUGAAAGAGAAUACAGUUUUUUUGAUGAUGACCUCCCUGUGAUACGUGAAAAUAUCCGCAAAGGUUUCCUGGACACCCAAACUAAAGUUAGCUCGUGGUUUCAAAACGUGAAGAAACGACUCGAUGGUGAAGAGGAAGACGGUGGUCCAUCUAGCCAGGGCUACCGGGACGAAGGCUACAGUCGACCGAGGCGAAGUGGGGAUCUCGGGCACCGCAGCGGCGACCGCGAACGUUAUGACGCAGAUCCCCAAGUCUUGAGUGAUGACUUCUCUGCGCUUGAGCUAAGGGAUACAGAAGCUCCUCCCGCGCAGCCCCCCAGACAGCUCGCGAACUCUAACCUUUACAAGUCCUCGUCGCCUUCACCGGAUAGACGCAAGGUGUCUUUCCAAGACGGUCUGCCGACUGAAAUUGGAAAUCUGUACGACGCAUCUGAGCCAGCGAAACGAACUCCUUCCGUGGGAGGCAAGACAAGCAAAUGGCAACCCCUCUCAACAGUUGAGCCAUCUCCUGUCGCGGACAAUGAUCCAUUCAGCUUGGGCGACAGUGAGGAUGAGAGAGACACCAAGGCCAAAGAUCAGCAGACUGCAGAUGAGGCUAGGAAAGCUACGACCGGGUUUGGUUCUUCGUCAAAGGAUAGCAACAAGACAGAGGACGCAGGGAAAGCGGAUCAGGCAUUUGAGAUUCUCGCCCAUAUUUCACGCGUCGAGAAAAAGUCCUUCCCGGCCAAUGAGGCUUUUAGCUUCGUCGAGGAUUUGUGGAGGAAAAAGCCCAACACCAGAGUCUUGUAUGCCACUAGUCUAACGCCUGGUGCAACUCAACCUUUGGUUGCGUAUGCGGUCUAUGUUCGGCAGAAAGGGGUAGCCUUGCUACACAAGGUUUGUGUUAUUGAGUCUCAUCGCCGACAGGGCGUCGGGCUGCAAAUGAUGAACUAUAUCCGAUGCCGGCUGCAAAGGGAGGGCUGCCAAUAUAUCCAACUAUGGGUGGAUAAGGCCAGGAGUCCAGCCCGGUCUCUGUAUCUUCGCAGUGGCUUCGAAGAACGUGAAGAGAUUCCUGAUUACUACGCGCCGGGACGUACGGGGAUUAGGAUGAUCCUCGAUCUGGAAUAUGGUGUUUGA